UAACGUACUCGCCACCAGAGAAGAAGCUGUAUGUAAGCAGUAUAAUAACAAAGAUUCUCUAUACUAUAAUAAGUAGCAGUUAGUUGUGGAGCCGAGGCAAUGCUGGUGAGUCCAACAUGUCUGUGCUCAACCCAACUGUUCUGCUCUGUGUGUAUGGCUUCUUUUCCAAUCUCCGGCCGUUGGAGCCUUUCCUCACCGCCUACCUCAUGGGACCAGACAAGAACCUGACAGAGACUCAGGUCGUCAAUGAAAUCUAUCCAAUUUGGACGUAUUCCUACCUGGUGUUGCUGUUUCCCAUCUUCCUAGCCACUGACUACCUCUGUUAUAAGCCUGUAUUGGUCCUGCAGGCCAUAAGCUUAGUAGUUACCUAUGUUAUGUUGCUAAAGACACAGGGCAUGCUGACCAUGCAGCUCCUGGAGUGUUUUUUUGGGCUGGCCACGGCCUCGGAGGUGGCCUACUACUCCUACAUCUACAGCGUCGUGGAGCCGGCACACUACCAGAGAGUGACGGGUUACUGCCGCAGCAUUGCUCUGUUUGGAUCAGCUGCUGGAUCUCUGAUUGGUCAGCUCCUGCUCUCUGUGGCCAAAGUUCAGCUGGUCCACCUCGUCAUCAUCACUCUGACAUCAGCCGCUGUGGCCUGUGUUGCUUCCUGGUUUCUACCCAUGCCCAAGAGGAGCUUGUUCUUCCACAAGAGUCCAGGACCAGCAGAGGAGAGGCCACACAGCAGCACAACACUGUUGGAAAAGGCUGUGGAUUCAGAGAGUGAAUUGCCUCUAAACAGCCAGGAUGUCUCCACAAUGUCCAGGUCCUUUAAGACAGGAAGCCAUAACAGUGGUCUUGUGGAGGUGUUACGGAUACUGUUUGAUGACUUCCUGCAGUGCUACAGGUAUCAGCCCCUGCUUGCCUGGUCGCUGUGGUGGGCACUGGCCACGUGCGGCUACUUCCAGGUCAUCAACUACACUCAAGCAUUAUGGGAGAACGUUCGUCCAUCCCAGGACUAUGAAAUCUACAAUGGCUAUGUAGAGACACUGUCCACAGUGCUAGGGGCUCUGGCAGCUCUGCUGGUGGGCUACCUGCCUGUAUGCUGGGCUCUGUGGGGUGAGCUGGCUCUGUGUGCCCUCUCCCUGCUGAUGGCUGUGUGUGUGUUUGUCAUGGACACAAUGAGGAACAUCUGGCUAUGUUACAGCUCAUUCGUCCUCUUCAGAGCCACAUACAUGUUGCUCAUUACUGUGGCUACGUAAGUACAAAGAGGCAGCAUAAGCUUUUGUUCUUGCUCAAUAUUAGAUUA